UCAAAGUACUAUGAACAUUUCGGCACUCUGGGAGGCGGUGAAAAUGUAAACCUCCCAUCCAGACAAGAAAACUGUGUAGGGAUAAGUAUCAGUGCUUUUGUAUUGAAUUGUGAUGCUGAUAAAUUUUAUAAGCCUUUUUGGGUAUAAAACGAUAUUAUAUCUACGAUAAACAACGUUUCGAGUGGUUUACCUGUAAUGUUGGACACCGCUUGCGAGAAAUUAACCACCAUGAGUGACCAGGACGAUCCGUUGGCUCAAACUCAGGCCACUCCUCGCAGCUCACUUGGUUCCGGAGUGUUGUCAUACAGUAACUCUUCCAUAUCACCUUCGACAAGCUCUAGUAGCUCUCAGGGAUCCGCGAAAUCGGCCGUCAGCGAAUGUCUUGGAGCAUGGUUGAAUUAUUUGCAGAUUAUGAAUAACUUUUGUGCUGCUGGAUAUCGUUUGGCGCAAACUAUAGCUGCUCUAGAGCCGUGGGCUACUUUGGAUCAGCAAUCACAAACCGGUGGCAGUGGAAUGCAGCAGCAGCAAACACAACCGCAGCAACAGCAACCUUUUAUAACACCGCAAAUUCCUUCGCACAUGGCUUUUCAGUUUAUUACGGCUUGGGAUGAUUUAGCUCGAGCAUCGGUAGUAGCAACAAGUACAGUUAAAUCUCAUAUUGUUAGUGUUUUACAAGAUUUCAAAACUCAGCCACUUAGUUCGGUGGAUCAGGAAAAUGACUUGCAACAUAUUCGAGAGUACAAUCAGCUUAUUCUACAAGAUAAUGCUCAAACUAUGAUUAAUCUCCAACAUCAAUUUUGUGUCGCAUCGUGCGACUCAUUUGCACAACUGAUGUGUUGCUAUCAGUGUCAAACUCAAGUUGGUUUUCCGCAUGAUCCUGAGUGUCCUAUGAUACAGCAUCCCAUGUCAGCAGCUGCUGCUAUAGCUCGAAAUGAUCAGCGAUCUCAAACUCCUUCGCCGCACUUCGGUAUGAAAAUACAAGAAGCUCGGCUGUAUGACCGUGGAUCAAUCUCAACUCAAGGUUCUUCAGAUCACGGAACAACAGCUUAUGAGCAGACGCGCGGUCCAUCCCCUCAUGAUAUUCGAGGACCAAGUCCUAUCCAGGGUUAUCUGGACAACAUUAGAGGUCCCUUGCCUAACCCUGGGCAUCUUUCCGGGAUGAAAGCGCCAUUCUAUCGUGGAUCUCGAAGCCCUCUCAACUUUCCACUAUUUACUCUUAAUGGUCAACGGCGGUGGUCUGAAGCUGCGGCCGGGGAGGUCAACUCAGAGUCGGCAUUGGAUGCCGAAAGUCAGAUGCGUAGAUGGUCUAUGCCCUGGGAGGCCAAAGCAGACAAAACGACUGUUCAUUGGAAUCAAACAAGAAUAAUGCCUAUUUCCAAGCUAGCUGUCCCACAGCAGCAAUCUGGGGGAGCCAAAUCUUCUACCGGUGAUCGCAGUCAAAGCACAACACCGGACUCAACCUGGCACUCCUCGGUUACCAGUCAGGACGGUUUAGUUGAAGCUAUUCAAUUGCUCUCUUGUCGGCCGAUAUAUAGGCUUCCACCUAUGCCACCACCAAGCAUCGGACCACCUUUUGUGGAGAAGCCUACAGGAACGAAUUUCCAACAGCAGCAACCACAAACAACGCAGCAACAGCCUUUCACCAACAACAGCGCGGGACUGUACGGUAUAUGGACUCAACAGAAUCCACCGAGUGCCAUGCUUCGUCAGCAAUCGAUGCAAGAACGCGGAGGCGGUGUUGCACCCUUUAUGCAGUACAUCCGGGAGCAGGAGGGUUCUCUCGAUGAGAAUCCUCCGCCGUAGAAACAGGAUAUUUAACUGACAUUACAAUUUUGAUAACGAUGAUAUUAAUAGUCACUCGAUUUUUUGCUAUACUAUUCCGUUCGUACAUUAUCAUAAAAUGUUUACAUAUGCAAUUCAGUGUCAUGACAAUUUUAAUUUUGUUAUUAGAUGUUUUGAACUGGCUGUAGAAUGUGUGUGAAGUAUUAAAAAAAAAGUAUAGAGCACAAAUUGAUGUUUUCUAUUCGUGAGCUGUUUAGUUAUAACGUCUGUUUUGAUAAGUUUUAAAAUGUGUAUCACGUAGCAGGUUUAUUAAUAACAGGGUAUGACUAUUACAGUACCAAUUUUACAGUUAUAGUGAACAACAAAUUAUACAUGCAGAGGCGUUGUCAAGUAGAACUCUAAGCUAAUGCAGAGCUCAUUAAAUAUUUGUUUCAAACUGUUUAGCGUGCGAAUCAGUUUAAAAAUUUGGUAGCUCUGAAUAAUAAAAUAACUAUGUCAUAUGUUGGUAGCAUAUGUACCUAGUAACACUCACGCAAUUAUCGGAAACGCCUUUAAGGAUGAAUUUCAACGUAACUUUAAUAAAUAGAUACUAGAGGUACUAUACAUAUUAAUUCGCAUUCCCUUGGCGUAAACAGUCCACCGUUUAAAUGUUAUAUCUUACCACUCAAUCCCGCAUAAUCUCACUUAGUCAAAUUAGCAUUAUUUAAGGAAUUUCGGCAGUUUAAGAAAUCUUACAUUUUGUAUGGUAUCGAUGUACUCGCAAAACACUAAUAAAACUUUACAA